CGCGUGCGGCAAAGAUGUCCGCUACUGUACCUCGCUGACUUUGAUUACCACAAUCUCUGGAAAAGCUCCCACGCUCUGCCCCCCAACUACCCGUGCUACCUGCUGAUUCCGUAGACUAUGGGUCUGCGGGAUACAAUCCGAAACCUUCGGCCGGAUAGUCCCGGCCGGGACAAGUGCAGCAUGGAGCUGCAGCAUCGCAGUCCGAGGAGCGGCUGUCAUCACAACCAGGUGGCCGCCGUCCAGGUCACCGAGCAGUCCUUACAGGUAUGGCGCGCACUGCCUGCCGAAAUCCGCCAUGAUCCCAGUAUGGCCAGUUUUCAGAUGGAAAACGAACGCAUCCAUGGAGCAAGCGACGAUGAGGAUGAGGAUGGGUAUGAUGAGGUUGAUAAGAAGAACAGUAGUCGCCUGCAGGACGAGCCUGGCUCCAGUUAUGCUGGCUCCGACUUCCUGGACAUCAAGACCAGGCCGGGCGACGAGAAUGCCACCGAUGACGAGGCCACCACCCACUCCGACCACGAACCGGCCAACGGACCGAGCAAUGCCAAGUCCUUGGCCCGCCGGAUCCAUCAUAAGUCCAAGCGAUCCAAGGAGCAGCGACAGCGGGACAAACUGUGGAAGCGGGGUGGCCUGCUCCUCUUUUGGCUUCUAGCUGCCGUGGUGCUCAUCUCGGUGGGUGAGAAGCAUCUGCUGGAGAAGACCAUAGAUGUGCCACACGGCGAGCAAGGAAAAUUUUUUAAAUUGCUACAAAAACCGACGGGAGACUUUCGCUUGAAAAUACAUGGCGCUUUCAGAGAGCUCUCCACGCUGGAUGCCCCUGAAAAUGAGACUUUGAGCUUUGGUUUUCUGACUGUGCAGCCGCAGGUGUCCACUUACAUUGGCGAGAAUCGCAGCAAGGUGUUCCAGGACGUCCUGCCAGCUUGGCGUCUACCUCUGCUUUCCGAGGAGGAGUUGGUGCGUUCUCCGGCUGUGGCCAGUAAUCGCACUUAUCAAAUGACCCAGGAACUGAGCGAUAUCCUCACCGAAAAGGAGAGCGAAUUCCGUUUGCAUAUUUACAGCGAUGUGGAGACGGACUUGGCCAUUAUUCUGGACUACAAUCCGCUGAUAGUGAAUGCCAGGACGGGCAGCAUCCUGGCUGGUCUGAUCCUGCUAAUCUUCUAUGCACUGCUGGUCUGGGAACUGUUUGAAAGAACCUUUGUGGCCAUGAUCUGCUCGAUUCUUUCGGUGACAGCUUUGGCCUGCUUUAAUGAUCGUCCUAAUAUGGAUGAAAUAAUCCAAUGGAUGGACAUGGAGCUGCUAACUCUACUCUUUUGCAUGAUGCUGCUCAUUCUGAUAUUGACGGAAACUGGAGUUUUUGACUACCUGGCGGUGUUUUGUUUCGAGAUCUCGGGUGGCAAGAUUUGGCCCAUGAUAUAUAGUCUCUGUUUGGUCACCUGUCUGGUGUCCAGUGUGCUGGACAAUAUGACAACAGUACUGCUCCUAACCCCAGUGGCAAUCCGCUUGUGCGAGGUAAUGCAGUUGGAUCCACUGCCCGUCGUAAUGGGCAUAAUAGUGCAUGCAAAUAUUGGAGGAGCACUAACGCCUAUUGGCGAUCCCAUCAGCAUUAUAGUCAGUACCAAUCACUUCAUUGUCGAUAAUGAUGUUACCUUUCCCACCUUUGUGGCCCACACUUUCCCAGGUGUCCUGCUGGCUGUCAUCCAAAGUUGCGUCUAUCUGCGUAUUUUCUAUCGCAAUAUUGAUGCACUGCGUCUCAAUGAGCCCAAGGAAAUGAGUGAACUAAGGAGGGAAAUGAAGGUGUGGCAGAGGGCCCUAAACGCAGUGGCCUCCUGCUCCAAGGAUGCGCAACUGGUGAGGGGAACUCUUCAGGGAAAAGUAAAGCAGCUGAAGAGGACUCUUAGAAGAUUGCAAAAGGGUGUGGGAUCCUCAGAGGUCUAUACCAACACCCUGGAUGAGCUCAAGCAUAAGUACCCCAUCAAAAACAAAACGCUGCUGUUACAAUCCGCUGGAGCCCUGACGUUUGUUAUAAUCUGCUUCUUUAUUCAAUCCGUUCCCCAUUGGAGGACUCUGCCUCUCGGUUGGGUGGCUCUGCUGGGGGUGAUCCUACUCCUAAUCAUCCUGAAUCGCGAUGACAUGGAGCACCUGAUGCACCGCAUAGAAUGGACAACCCUCCUCUUUUUUGCGGCCAUGUUCGUGAUGAUGGAGUGCGUGGAGCGAUUGGGAAUCUUCUCCUGCAUCGGUGAGCUCACCGAACAUGUGAUCCUUUCGGUGGGAAAGAGCCAUCGCCUGGCCAUGGCCAUUUUUAUGAUAUUGUGGAUGUCGGCCCUGGCAUCCUCCAUAUUGGACAGUAUUCCGGUGGCCGCCAUGAUGGUGAAGCUGGUGACCUCGCUGGUGGCCAAGCCGUCGCUGGGAUUGCCCUUGCAGCCACUGAUUUGGGCUCUGACCCUGGGAGCUUCAAUGGGCGGGAAUGGAACGCUCUACGGAGCUUCAGCCAAUGUCAUUGCAGCCGGAAUUGCCGAGCAACAUGGCUAUAAGCUCUCAUUUACCCGGUAUUUAAGGACCGUUUUUCCCAUGAUGCUGGGACAGAUCACUCUGAUGACUGUCUAUCUACUCGUGGCCCAUGUCAUCUUUGAAUGGCAUUAAUACUCCCUCCGUAAUAUAUCUCCCAGUCCCUAUUUAAUAAUAUAUUAUUAUAAUUAAUGGAAAAUGUUUUUUCACCUCGAAUCUAUCGUUAUUUUGUGUGAGUUUUACUGUAGACGUUGUCCUUUUACAUUCGCCUCUUGAUGUGUUUAAUCUGCUUUUGAAUAUAUAAGUAAGAAUAUCUAUAUCUAAGCGUUUAUUUGUGAUUGGCAAAUGUAUAAAAAUAUACAAGAAAUAUGGAAGUACA